CCCCCGAAGCCCUCAGCCUCCCAGCCGCCCCAGGCAAGGGCCAUCAGACUCCUUUCUUUGUUGCGAUGCAGUGUCUGGGUUUGCCUGCAGCCCUGAUGACAGGCACCAGAGGGCAGGGGCCCCAGGCUACCCAGCACCCUGUGCAGCAGGUCCCAGCACCAGCUCCUUUGAAGGGAAGCACACAGGGGAACUCUCAUACCUACCCCAGUCUGAACCCCCCCAGCCAGGGGUGACGGCCCCCUCCUGGUCCUUGGGGCCAAGGGUGGGAUGCUGAGAAGCCCCAGCAGCUGGACCGAGAGGGAAAGGGAUGAGACCUCUCUCCCCAGGCGCUGUGCCCAGGGACCCACACGGGUGACCCCAAGGUGCUAUCCUGGUCAUGUCCCUAAAUGAGAGUCUCAUUGUCCCUCUCACCCAACCACCUCAUUAUAGGGCAUCCCAUGCUGCCCCAUGGCCAGGCCUCAAGUGUGGGCAUUGACCCGGGAGAGCCAGGGCCUGGGCACCCAGCCAGCAGGCAAUAGGGCAGUCGGCCUUGGCACCAGCUAGCAGUCUGGGCAGGGCCCCAGCCAGUGCCCAGCACAGGGCUGUAUUUUGGUACAAUAGCAGAAUGCAUGGCCUACUUCCCGUCCAGCACCUGCAGGGGACACGCCCCACAGAGGCCAUGAACCUGGGUCAGCUGGGCCAUGGCCACUGGCAGAGCCACCGCUCUCCUGAGAAAUCGCCCACUCUGAGUACUGUCAGUCAACCAAAAGAGAUGUCUGUUGGGUGGGGGCAGCUGGUUCUGCAGGGGAGGUGGGUCCCUGGGGGCACAGGGUCGUGAGGAGCACAGACAAAGAGAAGGCCAGUCAGACCCCAGAGCUGACUGGGGUGGGACCAGCAGGCUGGGACAGUGGCACCCCCUUCCUUUCGGCCUCCCACUGUCUUCCUCCAAGUUGCCCUGCACGUGCCCCGUCUUUGGAGGACACAUCAGGGCCACGAGCUCCAUCCAGACCGACACGGCACCCACCCCUGACUCCUGCCUGUUGGGUGAGGACAGGAGAGGCCGACCAGGGCGGGAGUGACGCGGCCUCCGGGCAGGAAGGCAGGGCUUUCACGCUAGCCUCGAGGUCUCACCCCCUCUUGGGGAGGGCCUGGGUCGGGGUGGCCUAUUCUGGUGCCCCUGGAGCCAGUGGGGUACAGAAAGAGGUGAGGCCAGCUGGGCUCUGCCUCACCUCCCCUUGUGUCCCCAUGUCCACACGUGUGCCUGCACAGCCAGGGCUGUGGACUGCCCCAGAGAAGCUGGAAGCCUGGAGUCUAGGUGACCUGUGGCCGAGUGAGACCCAGAGGGGCUCCCCUCUUCCAGGACAGCGUAGUGACAGACCUGGCCGUGGCCCAUCUGCGAGGGGCUUCCUCUGAGCACAGAGAAGGCCCGGCGGCCACACGCUGGCAGGCGGUGGUGGGCGAGGCCCCAGCAUGGUCCUUGCUGCCUGGUGACACAGAGCAUUCUUCCCAGGCUCAGGGGGAAGGCUCAGGGUCCAGGGCACCGGUGGGCAGAGAGCGAGUCCAGCCAGUUAGGACGUGGGUCAGGACCUGCCAUGGCUUCCCUGAGCCCCACCCUGCCCACCAGCCCAUACCACAGGGGUGCCCCCCUCAUGGUGAGGACCUCUAUCACAUUCCAGAACAUUCCCUGGGGGCACUCCUAGUCCAUCAGAGCCCAGGCCCUGGAGCCAUGAGUGUGGAUGCUGAGCAGAGAGGCCUGGGGUGGUAUGCCCAGGGCCAGCGUGACCCUGGAGGGGCCUGACCAGCUGGGGCCAGAGGAGGCACCUGGAGGAGAGGGUGCAGGAGGGCUGGUGCCCGCGGCAGGAGCUGGCCUUCUCUGCACGGCCACAGGGUCUAAGGGGGAGGGAGAACAGGCUGAGCUGGAUGUGGGGCGGGGGAGGAAUGGCAGGAAGGAGCAGGAUGACCCCACCCACCAGGGGACACCAGCUGUCCCGGUUUCCAGUUUAUUGGAGCCCUCUUUCAAUGCAAGUGACCUUCCCAGAGGGUCACACAGGCCUCUGCAGCCACCCCACCCCUACUCACUUCCCAAACACUCCACACUGACCCCCCGCCAGGCAGGCGCUCUCGCCGAGGGCGGGGCCACACCUUCUAAGCCCACCUCACUGGGCCACAUGGGCCAGCCCCUGGGCAGCAGAAAAUGCUGGCCCUUCCCCUGGGUACAGCUGCCUAACAGCCCCGCAAGCCCCUCUGGUCAGGACUCCAGAGGGUGCCCAGGCCACAGCAUGCUCCCCUGGACCUCUGCUUUGCACAUUCAGGAACUGGAAGUAAUUGCUAGUCUAGAGGGGUCAGGGUUGGAGAGCUGCCUAGCCCCUCACUCCCCAGAAACCACCCUCUGAACCCCGCACCAGCCCUGGACGCCCAGUGGGGCCACGUCUGGCCCAAGAGUGGCCUGUCCCUGCAUGGAGCACCCUGGUGGCUGUCCUCUGGGGCUGGGGCAUGGGCCCCCUGCAGGUGCCCGAGAACACAAUGCAGGCCUUCCUCAGGGAGUGGUCCUUUGAGGGCAGGCAGCCCCCUUCAUGGGCGUCAGUCCUGAGGAAGCAUCCUGGACCCCUCAGGCAUCCCCUCCUGACCCCAAACCCCCACCUCACCAGGCAGCACUGGGAACGGAUCUGUCACCCACUGAGUGCCACCCUCACCGCCUGGACCCUUCUGGUCUUGCGGACCCAGCAGGUCUCCUCUCACUCGGCAGGGCUGCCUCACAGGAACCUUGUGGGUCUCAGGACACCCUCACACCCAGGGACCCCCACCUCUCAUUAGAGGGGCAGCCACUCCUGGCUGCAGGGCCCAUUUCCAGCAGACACCCUUCCCAAGAGGGCACUCUGUUGUCAUGAGCCCAGCUGGGAGAGGCCCGACUUGGAGAGAGCCGUGACGGGAGGGGGCUAGUGUGACUGAGCCCCCGGGAGGUGCAGGCUGGGAGGGACAGAGCUCUGUGUCUGAGGGGACACGGCCCCCUCACUUUACCCAUCAGGACUGGGUGCUCCUAGCCCCAAGGGUGACCGGAGCGUCCCUGUGUCCCCUCCCCUCUGUGGCCCUCGGAGGCCCAGGUGUGGAGAAAUGACUUCACAGGCACUUAGGAGACGCACACCAUGCGGGACUCCAGGGUAAAUGAGACCCCAGAAGGUGCGUCUUUGGGCAAGGUCAGGAGGACAGGCCUCUGAUAGUGGGGCAGGUGGCUGCCCUCAGGCCUGAGCCCACCCAGCUAUCAGCCGCUGCACUGCUGAGCUCUAAGUUCUCUUCCAAAGGUCAGAAAAGAAUCCGCAGUGUGUGACUCCGCAUUGGGAGGAGCUGUGGUCUGCAGGCCCUGUCCCUGGUGUGUGACUGCCAAGCACACAACUCUGGCUGGGGCCCCACGGUGAAGGUGCCUGGGGCAGGGUCAGCCCUCCGUGCGUGUGGUCGCUCAAGUCACGGCUAGGCCCAGGGCUGCUCCGCCUCUCCAGGAAACGGCUUCCAGAAAACAGCGUUCUUAGUCCCCAUGGCAACCGGGCCUGCACUCCUGUUUCCAGGGAAACCCAGCCCUCCGCGUCUCAGUUGCCAGAGCAACACCUAUGGGCUCUCUUGGCGGUGUGGUCCCGCCAAGCCAGAGCGGGCAGCUGGGCACCCAGGCCAGGGAGUCAGUGCUGCACAGGUGUGGGGCCAGGGCACUGAAGCAGGAGGCCCAGCCAAGCACCCGCCUCCACGGCUUUCUUCUGGGUUCCGUGCUCCGUCCCGCCUGCGAUGAGUGCUUCCUCCAGCGAGCCUGGCGAGGGGGACACAGCAGAGCGGUCCCAGCUGGGUCUGGACACCGUGAUCCAGAGGCUGGAAGACACGGUCCUGAGCCCCACAGCCAGCAGAGAAGACCGGGCGCUGACCGUGCGUGGGGAAGGCUGGCGGGCCACACCCACCCCUGUCCCUGCCCGCAUCCGUGAGAUCGUGGCUGGCAGCCUGGGCGAGGAGCCACCCCAAGGGCCGCAGGAACUGCCGGCCACCUCGGCCCACGUGCAGGAGAAUGAGCUACUGCAGGAGGAGCUCUCCCGGCUGGAGGACCUGCUGGCCCAGGCGGGCGCUGAGAGGGAUGAGCUGGCCAGCAGGUACCAUGCAGUCAGCGAGCGGCUGCAGGCCCGCCUGGAGACCACUGAGGCUCGGCUGCGGAGGUCGGAGCUGGAGCGCAGCGCGGACCUGGAGGAGGCCCUGAGCCGUCUGGAAGCUGCUGAGCAGAGGAGCACGGGCCUCUCCCAGGUGAACACCCUCCUCCGGGGGCAGCUGGAGCACAUGAAGAGGGCCAACGACAGGCUGGCUGAGGAGCUUGCCAGGACGACUGGCCGCGUGCUCCGUCUACGGGGCCAGCUGGAGCUGAGGGAGGCACAGCGCCGGACCAAGAGAGAGACCCGGGGUGUAUGCCCGGCAGGGCACCGGAACAUCCUCCUGCUGUGGAGACAGGUCACAGCACUCCGGGCACACCUGGCUGAGCUGCGUGAAGCCACCGAGAGGGGUCUUGCUGACAUGCAAGCAGAUGCUGCCAAGACAGCAUGGCGCCUGCACACGGCCUGCCUGAACCUUGACUCCAGCCUGCGGCUGGCGGCCGGCAGUGCCCACAGCGCCCUGGAGCAGCGGCUGCGGGACAAGGUGCAGGACAUGCUGCAACUGCAGGGCCGCUGGGACGCGGAGAAGGUGGCCCUCCAGGCCAGACUCUCUGAGCAGACACAGCUGGUGGACAAGCUCACAGAGCAAAACUCCAGGAAGGAGAGAACCAUCUCUCACCUCGAAACAGAAGUUCAGAACCUGGAGGCGCGGCGCAGUGGAGGCCAGCUGGCGGUGGGCGACUUAAAGGAUGAAGUCGAAUCCCUGUGGCAUGUCUUGAACAGCAUCACGAAGGUGGCCCAGGCAGACGCAGUGUGCCCGGAGCUGCUGCACAGCAGCAGCCUUGAGGGUGAGGAGGGGCAGGGCCGACUGAGGAGGCCACCAUGCACCGUGUCCCUGCACUCGGGCCUGUCUCCACCACGGGCCAGCUCCCCGGCCACCCUGGACUGUGCACUGCAGGCCGUGCAGGCAGCCAUUGAGAGGAGACGGCGGCUGGAGCAGGAGCUGCGCCUGCGGCUCGAGGCCUCUCAGGAGGAGGCGGCUGGGCUCCGGGAGCAGCUGUCCGAGAGCCAGCAGGAGCUGCGGGCCUCCAAGAGCCUCCUGCAAGAGCGGGUGCGGGAGCACGGGGACCUCCUGGGCAGGCUGGAGGCACAGAGCCGGGAGGCACAGCGCUGCCAGGCGUCCAGCAAGCUCCUGGGCAGGGAAAAGAGGGCUCUGGAGUCAGCCGUGGAGGAGCUGAGGGGAAAGGUGGCUGCCCGCGACGUGGAGAAGCAGCGGCUAGAGGCCACCAGUGCCGAGCUGCGGAGGAGCCUCCAGCUGUGCGCAGAACAGAAGGAGGAGCUGGUGCUGCAGGGCAGGACGCAGCUGCAGACCAGUCGGGGGCGCCUGGAACAGCUGGAGGAGCAGGUCUCGGGGCUCAGGAAGGAGCUGGUGUCAGCCCGGGAGGCCCUGAGCGCAGCCCAGCUACAGAGGGACAUCCUGGAGGGCCAGCAUGAGGGUCUGCGCAGCACCCUGGCCCGGGUGGAGUCCAGCAAUGCUGACCUGGAACUGCUCACCGCCCGGCUGAAGGCAGAGGGGGUGAAGCAAAGGGACUCCCUGGCCAAGAUGGCCACCCUGACAGAGGGGCUGGCCCAGGACAAGGGCACCCUGAACCUCCUGGUCCUGCAGCUGGAGCAGGAGCGGGACCAGCUGCGGGAGCAGCAGAAGGCACUGGAGCAGGAGCAGGCAGGUGCCCGGGAGCAGCUGGCGAACGCCGAGCAGCAGCUGCAGCUGGUGCGGGCCGAGCGGAAGGGCCUGCUGCAGGCCUGCGGGUGCCUGGAGGAGCAGCUGGAGCAGGUCACAUGCAAGAAACAGGACCUGCAGGAGCAGCUGGCCCAGAGCCUGCAGGACCAGGCGGCCCAGAUGGACACGCUCCAGGGCGCCCUGCGCGAGAAGGAGGCUUUGUCUGAGGAGCAGGCCCGGCUGCUGGCUAAGCAGGAUGCUCUAGAGAGACGGGGUCAGCUCACUGCUGAGGAGGCAGCUGACCUCAGGGCUGCGAGGGACGCUCUGCAGAGCAGCCUCUUCGAGGCCCGGCAGCUGGCGGAGCAGCUGCAGGCACAGCAGGAGCAGCUGCAGGGAGAGGCCCAGAGUGCCCGGCUCGCUCGGCAGGCCUUGCAAGUGGAGAUGGAGCAGCUGAGAGGUGCCUGGGAGGCCCAGGAGGCCAAGCUGCAGUGGGAUGUGGGGCAGCUGCGGCGGCGAGCAGUUCAGCAGGAGCGGGACAUGCAGCUGGCCCUGGAGAGCCAGGCGCUGGCCCACCGUGAGGACCUGGCACGGCUCCAGAGGGAGAAGGAGACACUGAAUCUGUCUCUGACGAAGGAGAAGGAGACCGCGGCACGUCGGCUGGACCGGGAGAAGGAGCUGGCGGUGAGGAGGGCUGCCAGGAGGGAGGCCUUGAGGGCGGAGGUUCAGAGCUGGAGACAAGAGCGUGGUGAGCGUCUCCUCCCACUGGAACAUGAGACGCAGCAGGCCCUGUCUCUGAGAGAAGCAGAGAGGAGCCUGCUGAGGGGCAAGCUCUCUGAGGCCGCGAGGGAGGUGGAUCGCGUGCGGCAAGAGGCCCAGAGGCAGCGUGAGCAAGCCCAGGAAACCGUCAGUGCCACGACUGCCGAGCUGCAGGCCCUGCAGGCCCAGUUUGAGGACGCCAUCUCCGCCCAUCAGGGAGAGGCUGCGGCCUGGAGCCAGAGUCUCCGGGAGAUGGCGGCAGAGCGCAGCAACGUGGGGAGAGAGGCCGAGAGGCUGCGGACACGGCUGGCCGAGGCCCAGGAAGGGCUGGCCGUGCUGCGCCGGGAGCUUCAGGGCAGCGAGGAGAGCCGUGAGGGGCUGCACAGGGAGGUCCUGGAGGCCCGCCGGGCACUGGCUGACGAGGCCCAGGAGAAGGACGUGCUGCAGCGUUCCAACACCGAGCUGCGGGCCGCCAUCCACAGGGCAGAGCGAGAGAAGGCCAGCCUUCAGCUGUCCAAGGACGAGAAGGAGCAGAAGGUGCUGGUCGUGGAGGAGGCCCGAGUGGCGGCCCAGAAGGAGGCCAGCGAGCUUCGGGCCAGCCUGCGGGACACGGAGCAGGCCUGGGCGGACACCCGCCGGGUGCUCCAGGAGGCCCGCAGACAGGUGAAGACACUGCAGGCCGAGAACCAGAGGACGAGCCAGGAGGUGGUCCUGCUGCAGGCUCGGGACGCACAGGAUGCCCACCGGCAGCAGCAGGGCCGUCAGGAGGUGCUAGAACUGCGGAGGCAGGUGGCCGAGGCGGCGGCUGCCCUCGAGGGCUCCCAGAAGGAGGUCCUGAGGCUGCAGCGGAAGCUGGCAGAGGUGGAGGCCAGAGGCAGAACCUGGGAGAAACACCUGGAGGGGCGCCUGUGUGAGAGCCGGCAGGCAGAGCAGAGCCUCCGGGCAGAGCUCCACAGCGCCACCAGCAGGCUACAUCAGGCCAGCGGUGUGGCUGACGGCCUCCAGGCUCGCCUGGACGGGGCCUGCCUCCAGGUCCACAGCCUGCAGCAGGAGCUGGCCCAGGCCGAGGGCGCCAGGCGGGCUGCAGAGAGCCAGCUGGGCCAGCUAUGGUCCACGCUGUGCCGAGACCUGGGCCUCCGGGGGCGGAGCCCCUCAGCCUCCCCUGAGAGGCCCAGUUUCCCCACCAAAGCCUUGGAUGGUGUCCAAGGUCACUCUGGGUGGCAAAGUGACAGCCCCGCCACCAGGCCCAUUCCAAUGGCCCUCACCAGCUCUCUGCUCCAACGGCCCUCACCAGCACCUGCAGACCACAGCCCAGAUGUGGACGUGGCCGCUGUGCGGGAAGCCCUGAGGGACUUUAUGCAGAAGCUGCGGGAUGCCCAGCGGGAGCGGGACAACUGGCACUUCCAGGUGACAAGCCUGAGCAGCCGGCUGAUCCAGGCCGAGGGCGAGUGCGCCCGAGCCCAGAGCCGCGCACAGCAGCUGCAGAAGGCCCUGGCCCAGGUGGAGGAAGGCUGGCGUCAGGCGGAGGGUAAGGCGAGCAGGGCCCAAGCGGCUCAGGCCCUGCAGAGUGCGGCGCUCCAGAGACUGGAGAUGGAGCAGCUGGCGGGCACACGGGCAGCAGGCCAGGCCAGGCGGCGGCUGCAGACCCCUUCCUCUCAGGCCCAUCGGCCCUCCUGGAAGGUACAGAGUGGCAAGGGGCCCUGGAGCCCUUGGGAGGUCACACUAACGCCACUGCAGGACCGUUACCUGUCCUGCGUCACUCGGGUGCAGAAGGAGUUUGCACAGGAUGGACUUGGUGAAGGCCCCCACUUGCGGGCCUCGUGCUGUGAAGGUGACCUCAGGGGCUGUGGUUUUCAGGAGAGGAAGCUGGGCCUGGUCGGGGCAGGCCUGCAUGGAGGGGCCGGCACACAUGGCUCCUCACCGCUCGCAUGGGGAGCCCCAUGCCCCUCUCUGUCCAGGCCAUAGGUGGAAGCAACCUGGGUUGUCCUAAGGGCCCCCUGGCAGGACGGGGCUGGGAGACAGCUGGGUCUGCGCCUUUGCAGAGAGCUCCUGAGGACCUCAGAGGCAUGGAGAACAGGGUGCCGGCUGAGGGGCAAGGGCCCAUGGAGGUGGCUACACCUGGGGUCAGGAACCAGGGGCUAGAAGCACGGGGCUAAUGGGGGCAGCAGAGCCCAGGGAGGGCGGGACAGACACGCACAGUCCCACAAGCACCACGAGCUACAGGUCACGCCCCUGCAAGGGUCUUGUGAGGACACAACUCUGGAUGUGGGGUUCUGCAGGGAAGGUGGGCCAGGGGAGGCUCUCGGGGGGCAGGUGCCAAGCCUGGCUGUGCUGGGUCCCUUCAGGGCCGAGCCUGGAGCCCAGUGGCCCUCAGAGGCUGGGUCGCAGGGCCUGGUUCUCUGGGAAGGGGACUCCUGAGGGGACCGUGGAACCGCAGACCUGGGGCUGCCAAGUGCCAAAGUGCCCAGGCGGUGAGGCUAAGACCAGCCUGCUCAUUCGUCAGGCAAACCUGCCACAUGUAUGGGGGGCACACUCAGUGGGGUCUGUCACGGCCUCAGGAGCACGGGACUCAUGGGCACCUGAGAACCCGCGUGAGGGGGGAGGGGCUGUGCUCCAUUUCACACGUAUGUUCACAUGUAUUUGUUCUGUGCACAUUUGACAAUAACGUUUUCUGUGUGCAGGUCCCAUAUUUUGAAAUACACCUAUUAAGUCAACCUUUACAAAUCUGUUGUCCAGCCGUCCACACGGGAUCUGUGUCCCGAGGUCGCCAAAGCCAAGAGUGAUGCAUUGAAUUUUCC